UCAUAAAAUGGCUACAAAGAGAGCGAACCGGGCGUCGAUCGGACAACCUCCUGCUUCUUCUGCCGUCAAAUUGCAAAACCACACAUUCAGAGAAAUACUUAAGCCCUAAAACUUUACCAUCUCAGAAUUGGCACCAUCCCUUCCCAUCUUACUACUUCAAAGUUUCUCAAUGUCCUGAGUCCUUAAUUCCCACAAAACCAUUUCAAUUUGUCUAGGGCUUGUGUUGGGUGUGUCUUUUCUGAAGAUGGACAUCGAACAAAAACAGGCAGAACUAAUUGAUCACUUCGUCAAGAAAGCAUCGUCUCUCAAAGGCACGGUCCUUGGCCCAGUUAUUAUUGAGGCCACUUCUCACCCCUCCCUCUUCGCCUUCUCUGAGAUUCUCGCCGUACCCAGCGUCGCUGAGCUAGAAGGAACUGAAAAUUCGCGGUACCUUGAUGUGCUUCGGCUGUUUGCACACGGGACAUGGACUGACUAUAAGAAUAAUGUUGAGCGUCUUCCUGAGCUGAUUUCUGAUCAAGUCCUCAAGCUUAAACAACUUACUGUGCUUACACUCGCUGAAACAAAUAAGGUUCUACCCUAUGAUCAACUAAUGCAAGAGCUAGAUGUUACCAAUGUUCGUGAACUUGAGGAUUUUCUGAUCAAUGAGUGCAUGUAUGCGGGAAUAGUGAGAGGGAAGUUGGAUCAGUUGAGAAGGUGCUUUGAGGUUCAAUUUGCAGCUGGGAGGGAUUUGAGACCUGGACAACUUGGGAAUAUGUUGCAAACACUAUCAAACUGGUUGGCUACGUCAGAGAAUCUACUUGUAUCAAUUCAAGAGAAGAUAAAAUGGGCUGAUACUAUGAGUGAAUCGGACAAGAAGCACCGGAAAGACGUGGAAGAUAGGGUUGAAGAAGUAAAGAAGUCCCUCUCCCUCAAGAAGUUACACACUGUAAGCAGGCCGACAUUGACUUCAGAGGGCACGAGGAGAUCUACUCUGAACCUGGUGGAGUGAUGGACUAUGAGGAGGACCGAAGCCGACCCAAAAGGAGGCGGCAUCCAAUAUCUUGAAGGUAUAGAUAGAUAGAAAAACUCAUUGGAUACAUGCCAGAUUUUCACUUAUAGCAUUCCAGCAACAGAUGAUUUCUGCUUUUUGGGACAAUGAUGCUUCUUCUGACCACGAAGUUUUCGUUGUCAAAAUGGAUUGAUAUUUGAAAACUGUUACCUUGUUCUUGAACUUAAUGUUAUUCGUGUCGAGGUAGAAAGAACGGAACCAGAUUUGGUGGUGCGGCUGAAAAUUUUACGGGUCACAAGCUGAAUUUUUAUGUUUCCUAUUAUCCUUCUUUUUGAUGCUUGCGCUUCAAUUUGCAUGUGAUGAAUUAUAGCUGCUUCAAAAAAUGAAAAUGUUUUCCCGAGAA